AUGGCCUCCUGGCUCAAGGUCGCCGAAGACUUGCUCGAAGUGGUAGACCGGAGGGCGAAAAGCGUGGCCACCGAGCUGUCCGAUGAGCAGACUGCUCCUCAGCCUUCAGGAUCGAAUGGCCAAGAAGGGCAAGCAAAGAGGGGAAAGCCCAGGGAGAAGGGUCCAUUGAAGCUCACUACUGGGGAUGCAGGUAACAGGACAGCGGCUCAGAAGGAGAGGAAAAACAGGCAACCGCCGCGUGAGAGGAUUAAGAUUGAGAAGAUCAAACCUUCGGCACGUGCAGAUUCAUCAAAUGAUGAUGCUAUUGCUAUUCCCAGUGCCAGUGAACCUGAAGUCACUUCAGUUGAUGCUAAGGGAGCGAAUGAUGAGAGCACGUCGGACAAAGUGGAGAACGCCACCGUUGACCUUAAAAAUGAUGCAGCUGCUAAUGCUAUCGAUAAUGCGGUUGAAGUCCAGUCGAUGGAGAAAACACCUGAGGAUACAGGUCCCAUCACGGAUCAUGUUGCAGGUUCUGGACAUUUGGAGAGUGCCUCUGAAAGCUCUGCUCCUUCAGUUCCAGACGAAAAAAAUGAGCCAAGCAGUAGUAACCAGUCUACUGAGAUUGGUUUAGCAGUCAGUUUGGAGGAUAAAGACACAGCUGUGGCUGUUAUCCAGGAGAGAACUAUCUCUGGAGUACCCGAUACAGAAGGUUCUGGCAAAUCCCAAGAUUUGAAAAAAGAUAAUUUGUCAGAUCCACCAGAAAUCACACAAAAUCAACAGGAACAUAAGUCUGAUUCAGUUCCUUUGAAGGAUCAAGACCAACUUGAGGAGGCUCAGGGAUUACUAAAAAGCGCUGCAAAAACUGGCCAGUCAAAAGAAGCUAGAUUAGCUCGGGUCUGUGCUGGACUUUCAUCCCGUCUCCAAGAAUAUAAAUCCGAGAAUGCACAGCUAGAAGAGCUUCUUGUUCAGGAGAGAGAGAAAUGUAGCUCACAUGAAGCUCAUAUAAAGCAACUACAGCAAGAACUAUCGGUGUCCAGAGUACAAGGUUCACGAGUUGAAUCUAACAUGGUUGAUGCUUUGGCUGCAAAAAACACUGAGAUUGAAUCUCUAGCUAAAUCGUUGGACUCUUGGAAGAAAAAAGCAGCAGCUUCAGAAGAAAUGCUGGCAUCUUUACAGGAAGAUAUGGAUGGCCUUAAGAGGAACCGUGAGCUUACUGAAACCAGGAUCAUCCAGGCUCUACGAGAGGAACUUUCAACCGUGGAGCGGAGGGCUGAAGAGGAGCGUAUUGCACAUAAUGCUACAAAGAUGGCAGCUGUUGACAGAGAAGUAGAAUUGGAGCACCGGGCUGUCGAGGCAUCGAACGCUCUUGCUAGAAUCCAGAGAGCUGCUGAUCAAAGCUCAUCGAGAGCAAUGGAAUUCGAGCACAAAGUAGCUGUACUUGAGGUUGAAUGUGCAUCACUGCACCAAGAACUACAGGAAAUGGAAGCUCGUAAUCGCCGUGCUCAGAAAAAGCCUUCUGAAGAUGCUAAUCAAGCUCUUCAGAUACAGGCAUGGCAGGAGGAAGUUGAGCGAGCACGGCAAAGCCAAAGAGAGGCAGAAAGCAAGAUAUUAUCCUUGGAGGCUGAGUUGCAGAAGAUGAGAGUUGAAAUGGCCGGAAUGAGACGAGACGCAGAGCAUUAUUCUAGACAGGAGCAUGUUGAGCUAGAGAAAAGAUACCGGGAGCUCACUGAUUUGCUGUACCACAAGCAAACACAAUUAGAAUCUAUGGCCAGUGAAAAAGGCGCAUUAGAGUUCCAACUGGAGAAAUCAUUGAAGCAAUUCCAUGAAGUGCAGGUAGAAGCAGAAAGGAGUAGGGUUUCUCGCAGAUCAGCAUCAUCAUGGGAGGAAGAUACUGAUAUCAAUGCGCUAGAGCCUCUUCCUCUGCAUCAUCGACACAUGGCAAUGGCAAAUCAUCAGUUACAAAAAGCUGCGAAGUUUUUAGAUUCAGGGGCUGUGAGGGCGACAAGAUUUUUGUGGCGGCAUCCUGUUGCCCGAGUCAGCCUUCUAUUCUAUCUGGCAAUUUGUGCAUUUGUUCUUGAUGUACUUGAUGCAGCGCCUGCAGGACUUUGCAGCGGAAGAGACUGUGAAAUCGUCCAUGGGGGACCUGGCCAACGUGAAGUUGCCAUAGGCUUUACAGCCUAUUCCCACCCUCAUGAAUCUAGGCGUUACUUCCUGAUUAUUAUAGCUCUAUACGUGGCCCCUAUAUGUUCCUACGGGAUUUCGACGAUCGCCUGUGAAAUUCCUGUGUUCGAAAUAGGCCAGCCGUUAAGUUUUUUCGUGGUUUGA